CCAGUAUCGAAAACCGGAGCAGAAGCACAACAAAUACUUUGGGUAAGUUUCUUGUUCCAGCGAAGACCAGCAUACCCCAUAACUUCGUUCUAUACUCUCUCGAUUACCUACUAGUGGUUAUUCUAGCCGCCCAUGAGUUCACCACUUAAAUACGAUACCUCCCAUAUAGAGGAUAAGCUAUCACCCAUUAAACUAUCCCAAUUGAACCCUUAUGAGAAGAAGUCAACCCCUCCAUUGAAUUCCAAACCUACUCCUCCUUCAAAACUUCGUAAUCAAAUUAUUGAAGAUGAUGAUAAUAACACUAGUCCAAUCAAAUUGAAUAAACAUCCUCAUGGAUUGACAUCAAAACAAGAGAAUCGUCGUAAUACAAUCCAUCAUAUGCCUGCAAUUACUCCAGUCAAUCAGAAAAGUUCGAAUAUAAACCAUGCUAAUACCGUAAAUCAUAUUAACUAUUUAUCCCCUCGUUUAAGCAAGAUUCAACAAUUAAUUGAUUCUCAAAGGAAAAGAGCUGCUUUAACCUUAAAUUCAACUGGUCGUACUCUAAAUUCUGUUAAUUUGGAUCCGAUAAAUCAAUCUUUUGAUGAUUAUUCAAGCCCUACGCGUCCACCUCAAAAAAGGAAAUUUAAACAACAUCAACUACAUCAGCAACUUGAUAAUAGUGAUAAAGAAAAUGAAAAGUUGAACUCAUCUCCCAAUAGAGACCAAGACACUGAUGAACAUAUAAAUAAAAUCUCUAAACUAUCAACCAAUGCAAAUACAACCUCUGAUAAUAAGAGAAAUUCAAAUGAUACAUUUUUUGCCAAACAUGAUUUAGUUGGACAAUUAAGUUCAAAUCGUUCCAAAAGUAAUAUUCAAGAUGAAAGUGACGAUGACUUAGACUACGCUGAACGUAGCGACGAUAUAUCACAAACAAUGAUGCCUUCUAAGAAACAAGAAAUCACUGAAAAUGUUAAGGAAUCUGAAGAAGAUCACAUUACUCCUCAACGUUACACGGAGCCAUUUGCACAAAGUCCGCAAACUAACCAACAAAUAAGAAUUAACGAAGUUUAUACAAAUGAUGAAAACAAGCAAUACAAAACUAAUAAAGAAAUUAAUUUAGUUGAAGAAGUAUCAAGCCCUUUAAAAGAUCAUGAACGAGAAACUUCCAAAUUACCUGGUGAUGAAUCAGAUGAUGAUAUCGAGAAUGAACCAACAGUUAAUUUUUUGACGUCACCAAAUUCCAAACCAUAUUUUUCAAUUUCAUAUAUUAAUAAACUUCAAGCUGAUCAUGAACAAGAGGUGGAAGAAUUAAGUAAUUCCAUUCGUGAAAAAGAUGAACAAUUGAUGAGUUUAUCAACUGAUUUAUUCUCAACAAAUAGUCAAUUUUUAAAAUUUGACAGAGAAAUCAAAGAAUUGAAACAAAAGAAUAAAAAAUCUAUUGCAAAUGAAGAAUCGUUAACCAUUCAAUUAAGACAAAAUGAGCAUGAGUUGGCAUCAUUAAUUAAAAAGAUCAAAGUGAAGGAAAACUCAAUAAUUAAAUUAGAAACUUUAAUUAAAAAUGAUCAAUUAAAGAUUGAAGAAUUGAAUAAAUCAAUUGAAGAAAAAAAUCAAUCGUAUGAAAAUUUGACAAGUGAAAAUCGUACAUUACAGAAUCGAAUUGAUGAAUUUGAAUUUAAUAAUAAAGGUCAUGAAUUCAAAUUGAAAAGUCAACAGGAAGAAAUAUUAGCGAAAGAUAAAGAAAUAAAUAUUUUAACCGAAGCCAAUUUAGACUAUAACACUAAAGUUGAAAAAUUAUUGAAAGAAAAGGAACAAUUGUUAACCGAGAAUGGAAAAUUUAAUACUGAAUUAUUAAAUUCCAAAAAUUUAAUUCAAGAUUUAGAGCAAGAAAAAGAUGAAAUCAAUGAAAAAUUGUUAACUGCUAAUAAUAACUUAAAAUUUCAACAGGAUCAAAUUAAUAAUUUAAAUAAUGAAAAUUUGAAUAAUAAAACAAAAUAUGAUGAUUUAGUGAAAGAAGUUGAAAUUUAUCAAAAUGAUUUAAAUAAGUUAGAAAAUGAAUACGGAUCAACUAAUGAUGAAUUAGUUAACUUGAAUAACUUACAAAAACAAAAUGAAGAUAAAAUCAAACAAUUAACUAAUGCCCUCAAUGAUUCUAAUGAACGUAAUGGUGAAUUAAAUGAACAACUUAAUAGUAAAAUGGUGGAAAAGGGAGAUUUAGUUACUCAAUUAACUGAUUCUCAAUCAAAAAUAUCCAAACUAAUCAAAACAAUUGAAGAAAAAGAUGAUUUAAUCAUUGCAGAUACUAAAAAAAUUGAUGAAUUAGUACAACAAUUAAACGAGUUAUCUAAUAGAUCACCAUCUAUAAGUCCAUCAAAAGAAUCUCUUUCGAAAGAGGAGUACUUAUCAUUAAUUGAAAAAAUUAAAUUAGAACAUCAACAAAAUUUAAGUGAUGAAAUGCAAAAGGCAAGUGAUAAUUUAUACAGAUUAUACGCUAAAAAACAUGAAACUAAGGUUAACGAAAUUCACGACAGACAUAAAAAAUCAAUGAAAACCUUAAACGAAGAGAUUUGGAAGAAAAAAUCUGAAAAUGAAAGCUUACUAAAGAAAUUUGAAAAUUCUGAAUUCGAAAAAGAACAAUUACUUAAAAUAAUUGAAGAACAAAACGAAAAAUUGGAAAUGGCUUCUUUACCAAAUGGUGUAUCUAAUUCUACCACCCCCGCUAGUUCGAGAACUCAGCAAAGGCCAAUCUCAAGGAGACAUCUAACUCCAAAGAAGACCAGUGGUGGUCCAACUAGAAAAAAGUUUGUAUAAAUAAUGUAUAGAUGAAUGUAUAGAUCGGCACCAAGUGACUCGGUAUCUGACUCCUGCUUUGACUCCUCCCGCCUCCCGCUUCCCGGACCCGGGGCUGUCUCUGACUCGGCGCACAAAACUCCCGUACCCACGCACUUACCCUGGGUCUCAUCCCGGAAAAAAACUAACCACACUCUAACACG